AUGGGAUCCAUCUCUCCAGACGCAAAGCUGCCCUGGAUCAAGACGCCAUGCAUCCUCAGUCGUCCAUUGAGCCGUAUAGCCGGCUGCAACAUCCAUCUCAAACUCGACAACCUCCAGCCCAGCGGCUCCUUCAAGUCCCGCGGCAUCGGCAACCUCAUGAUCCACGCCGUCGCAACCAACCCCGACGUCCACUUCUACUGCCUCUCCGGCGGCAACGCGGGCCUCGCCUGCGCCAGCUCUGCCGCCGCCCUCUGCAAGCCCGCCACCAUCGUCAUCCCUGAGACCGCCUCCGACAUCUUCAAGAACAAGCUCCUCGAUCUCGGCGCCCGCGUCUUCCAGGUCGGCAGGGGCCUCGCCGUCGCCGAUCUCUUCCUCCGCGAGAACCUCCUCGCCAAGGACCCUCGCGGCUUCUACGUCCCGCCGUUUGACCACCCGCACAUUUGGGAUGGCGCGGCUACCAUUGUUGGCGAACUACGCGACCAGCUUGACGUUCCCAUUGACGGCAUCGUCUGCAGCGUGGGCGGCGGCGGCCUGUUCAACGGCUUGAUGCAGGGCAUUGAAAGCUUCCGCUGGUCUGGCCGGAAGCCUCACGUCCUCACCGUCGAAACCGCAGGCGCUGAUAGCCUCAAUGCCAGCAUCCUGGCCAACGCCCACGUCACACUGCCGGAAAUCACAUCCAUCGUCACUUCGCUGGGCGUUUCCCGCGUCUCCGAAGAGACGUGGAAGUGGUCUCAGGUGCCAAACACCCAAAACGUGGUCGUCUCAGAUGCCGAUGCCGCGGCCAGCUGCGUCCGGUUCGCCGACGAUGCCCGCCUGGUCGUCGAGAUCUCGUGCGGCGCCGCGCUGGCUACGGUAUACCGCGGCGACUUGAGAGAGCGGCUCGGCCAGGGCUUGACGGAUGCUCAAUGGGCUGAGAAGAACGUUGUCAUGAUUGUGUGUGGAGGUUCUGGCGUCUCGCUCAGGACUCUUGACCAUUACCGAGAAGAAUAUGGUCCACUUGCGACUAUCAAGGUGUAA